CAGUUGCAUCGAAGUGUCAGAAUGCAGAACUUGGUCUUGUUUGUGACACUUCUAGCCGUGGCCAGUGGCUGCAACACCCAUUCCGAGAGUAUCGAUGUGCACCAGGUGGUGCACAAUGAACGCAAGCUUCUGGAGUACCAUAGGUGCCUCCUCUCAGACUCCAACGACGCUUGCACCGACGAGGGCAAAGAGCUCAAAAGUAUCUUACCAGACGCCCUGAAGACGGACUGCGGCCAGUGUAACGAGAAGCAGAAGGCGCAGGCUAAGACGGCGAUCACGCUCCUCGCCAGUGAGAAGCCACACCUGUGGAACUCGCUGAUCGACAAAUACGACCCUGACGGCAGCUACAGGCAGAGGCACGCUGCUGAACUAGCAAAGCUCUCUUCUUAAACGACUACUCUGUAGCUGAACUUUUCUAAAAUUCAGUAGUGAAAAUAUAUAACUACACGAUGUAA